AAUUCAUCUUCUACUUUAAUAUGGUAUCAAGAGCCAAUCUCUAACGAGUUCAAUUUUUUUUUUCCAAUCAUCCCGUCAUCAUGACUAUCACCGCCACCACCCCUGUCAUCGCUAUCACCGCCAGCACCCACUUCCCCGUCAAACUUACCAACUCUAAUUUCCCAGUCCGGAAGUGCCAAGUGCACUCGGCUCUAAUCGGCCUGGGUAUAGAAGGCUAUGUUGAUGGAACUAUUAAAGCUCCAGAUCAAUAUCUUGAUGAUGCCAAGACUCAACCAAACCCAUGCUAUGCCAUUUGGUACCGGCAGGAUCGUACCAUUAUAAGUGCACUCAUUGGAAGUUGUUCUGAAACUAUCCAACCUCUAAUUUCAUCGGCCUCCACUGCCCGACAUGCUUGGGACAAAUUGGCUCUCACCUAUGCCAGCGCAUCACGCGGCCGCAUCAUCUCCCUCAAGUCCACUCUUGCUCGGACUAUCAAAGGUAAUCGCUCCAUCACAGCUUACCUUGCUGAAAUGUAUGCCCUUUCAGAGGCUCUUGCACUUGCACAGAACCCAAUUUCGGAUGAAGAUUUGGUUGUCAGUAUUCUCAAAGGUCUGGGUUCUGAUUACGGUGACAUCAAAUCAGCCGUUCGUGUCCGUGAAUCAGCCCUUCCACUGGCAGAAUUACAGGACAUUCUCCUUGAACAAGAGAAUGAUCUCCAAGAGGCUUCUAAUGUCACUCAGACACUGGUACCUACGGCCAAUGUGACCACUGCUCCCUCUCAUACUGGAGAUCGUCGCCAUGCAAAUCAAUUUGACCGCAGGGGGAAUUCUACGCAUCGUGGACGUGGAGCCCAUCAUGGACGUUUCUCUCGCAACAAUUCCUCUGUCACAUGCCGAUUCUGUGACAUUCCUGGGCAUGAGGUGAAGUAGUGUCGCAAGCUCCAACGAUUUCUCCGAGACAAUAAUAUUGCACCGCCAGCGGUAUCUCAGCACCCAAUGGUUAAUACCACGUCAGCUCACUCCUCUGCUCAUUCAUCUUUGACCGGUCAACCUUGGCUAUUUGACAGUGGGGCGUCACACCAUGUCACUUCUGACGCCACUCUGCUUCCAACCUACAAUGAAUAUGGCGGUCCCGAUGAAGUUCGCCUUGGAGAUGGAUCGGGUCACGGGGGCUCCACUAAUGCGAGGGGAGAACCGUAAUGAUGUCUACUAUGCUCCACAUGUCAUCUUUCCGCAAGUCAAUAUAUCUCAAGUUUCAAAUCAGUCACGAUGGCACCACACACUUGGCCAUCCUUCUAGUCGUAUAUUCAUUUUAUUAGUCAGUCAAAAUAAUUAUGACAUUCCGUGUAACACAUUAAGUGAUCAUCAUUGUAUGUCAUGCUCAAUUAAUAAAAGUACGA